CUCCUUACCAAAUCAUUGGAAUGUAUUACCAUGAUGGCAAUGGCUGUCGGGAAUCUAGCAAUCCUUGAUUAUGUUGAGAAGGUCACUUCUGCGCUCACUUCACUGCAAGAAACUCACAUGGAGGUAGAAGAUCCAAUGAAGAGCCUUUUGUUACAAGCAUGGGGUAGACUAUGCAAAUGCUUGGGGGCAGAUUUCCUUCCUUAUCUGAGUGUUUCCAUGCCCGUUGUACUAAAAUCUUCUCAGUUAAAGAAUUAUUUGAGUGUUUCCAACGAUUCAGAUACAGAGGAUUCUGAUUCUGAUGAUGAAAGGUUGAAUCUUCCUAAAACACUCGGGCGAAAUUUCACUUAUAAUGCAUGUCAUAUGUGUUAGUACUAGGUGUGCAUGUAGAUGGUUGUGAAUUUCACUUAAGUUGCUUAUUUUAGUGACUGAGACAAUGGUCCCAACAUUGUGUCACAAAGAUAGUUUGAGAAAUGUCGAUUUCAGCAAGUAAUAAAGAGAAACAAAGUCACUAAAAUAAGCAACUUAUUUGGCAUAAAUUUAUUGAGGAUGUCUUCAUCUGAAAUAUAAAUAUGUUCUGUAGCAUGAUUAAAGUCACUUCGGGGAAUAAAAAGAUCGGUAUAAGAAGCACACUUCUGGAAGAAAAAGCCUUGGCCUGUCAUAUACUAUGCUGCUUUGCAGCUGAGUUAAAGGAAGGGCUGCAUUUAUGGGUUAAUGAGGUAUGUCUUGAAUAAUUACAAUUUACAAGGAUAAAACUUGUGGUUUCUAUCACAUGAAGAUGAAAAUUUCUAUCUAACUUGUGGUUUAUACAGGUUGUAAGUGCUUUAGUUCCAAAUCUUACCU